UUACAGCAAUUUCUGCAAGAACUUCUUGACCAACACAAACUCUUUCUCUCUCUCUGUGCAAAUAUAUAUAUACACAGCUAUUUUGGAACUGCCUUUGAAAAGUGUAUAAAACUGAGUUAGGAUAAUGAGGUUCCUGGGGUGUGGAUGAAGCCCAAGGCCAAACUGAACAAUAUUUUAGGAAGUGUGCCCUCUGCAUCCUAUGGAUUCUGUAGAAGAGAGAUAUAUUUCUUUUUUACAUUGGAACAUUGUCCCUUUUUAAACUCAUUCGUAGAGAUUCAUUACACUGCAUGCUAUGCUUUUGUUUUGGUCAGAGGCAGCUUCUCUCAGGUUCUGGUGAGAGCUAUGAUUUAUCAAGGUGUAUACAGAACUCCCUCUCUGUGGUGCAGGUUACACUCUACCUAUGUUAGAAAAAUGCGAUACUUGUUUGAGCUAAAGGAAGAUGAUGGCAUCUGUAGGCAAGCCCAGAACUCAGGAACAUUCUACCUCUUUCACAAUCUCUCUCCAUUCCUUAAGAAAGUUGGGAGCAAGUACUUGGCACCACAGAUAAGUGUAGCAGAAAUGAAAAGCAUGCUGGGGAAGUUCAGACAGAAUGAACAGAUGAUAGAGGACUCGGUGCUGAUUGGCUGUUCAGAUGAAUGCAUGGCAUACUUUGCCCUGGAUCUAGGAUCCUUGGAGAAAUCUGUCAUUGAAUCUGAAUUGAGGGGGUUAUUUACCGAAUUACGGAAGGCUUUCUUUCAACUAGAUGGGAAAGAUGCACCCUUGUUGUCCUCGGCUCAGGCCCUUCUUCGUUGGCAUGACACCCAUCAGUACUGUAGCAAAACUGGGCAGCCUACCCAGAAGAACCUAGCUGGCAGCAAGCGUGUUUGCCAUACCAAUGGAAUAAUUUAUUACCCACAGAUGUCCCCAGUGGUUAUCACUUUGGUGUCUGAUGGGAGCCGGUGCCUUCUUGCCCGACAGGCGUCAUUCCCAAAGGGGAUGUACAGUGCUCUAGCAGGCUUCUGUGAUGUGGGUGAGACUCUGGAGGAGACAGUCCGACGGGAGGUGGCAGAAGAGGUGGGAUUGGAGGUGGAGUCUCUGUGGUAUUCUGCAUCUCAGCACUGGCCCUUUCCCAACAGCUCCCUAAUGAUAGCUUGUCAUGCCAUAGUGCAGCCACAACAGACCAAGAUCAGCGUGAACAAACUGGAGUUGGAAGCAGCUGGCUGGUUCAGCCUGGAGGAGAUAAUGGAAGCACUCGGACGGGAGCCUAAGCCUUUGAAACAAGAGGAUGGCAGCUUUUCACUUUGGCUGCCACCCAAGUGGGCCAUAGCCCACCAACUGAUUCAGGAGUGGGUUAAGCUGCAGGCUUCCUCGCCUGCUUAGGCACAGUCUAUCAAACCUUUAUUUUAGCAGGUAAAAACAAGUGAGGACAAUUUCUCACAGUGGUGACCCAGACAGAAUGGCUCAUAAACCAACUUAUAUUCAGGUACACCUAAGAGCACAGACACAUAUUUGGAUAAGUCCCAGCAACUCUGAUACACAAAGAACCAUUAAUUAAAUACAAUACCAUAAGUUCCAGUAAAUCUUAUAUUAAAAAAAAAAGCCCAAACCACUAGAUGUGUCAUCAAACCAGCUACAAGCCUGCACCAUAGACAUCAGAAUGAUCAACCCCUAAUACAUGUUUCCUAGAUCCCUCUUAGAAUAAAGGAUUCCACUCAUUUUCCUCUAUUUUACCCCCUUAGACAUCUCUGAUGUCACACAAUAGAGCCUCACUCUUUUUGACAGAGGAGUAGGUGGGAUUCCAUUUAGGGCCUGUCAGUGUUGGUCCUAGUGCUGCUCUUGCAUUUUUUGACGAAGUUUGAGAAUAGUGAAAGUACAAAUUUCAUUAAGUUUCCUCCUUCCAUUGCUUCCCUGCCCCAUCAAGUCUCCCACUAUGCUCAUCUUCAUACAAAAAUACCCUUGAUUUCCUUUGCUGCUAAAGAGGUACCACGUUUGUUCAUACCACGUUUGUGUCUGGGUUCCCUCUUUCUGGCUCUUACUCUCAUCAUCCUUUCUUUUACUUGCUGGAAUAAAGGGGAAUUAGGAAUGAGGUAGAGAAUGGGUGUAGAUCAGUCUUGUCGUUUCAUUCCCAUUUUCUAUUGUUUUCUAGCCUGCCUCUGCAACCUGUUUUUCUCAUGUGCACAAAACUCUACUUCCAUACAUCAACUUCUCACUCCCUCCUCCUGCACCCCUCUCUCUCUCACACCCCCACAAAUCUACUCACACCAUGGCUACUGAUUAUGGAGAUGCAAAGUGUGAGUAGUUCAGGGCAGCACAAGGCAACGACAAGAAGAAAAGGAGUGGCUCAGACAGAUGAGAAAUUCAUAAUUGCAUUGUAGGCCACAUGUCAAAACUUAAAAGGAAAAAAUGUUUUGGUAUGCCAAAGAAAUGUGGAAAUAUUUUGCAACUUCUGCAGCCUGUGGGAUUUAUUUUUAGGACAAAACAGGGUGUGUACCUCUUCACUAUCUUUCUCCAAGUUUUAUAAAUAUACAAUAUAUAUAUUUACCAUGUAUGUUUGUCAUUAAGCCAUAGAAUAGUCUGGUAGAGACAUACGGCUAUUUUAAGAGUACACUGGGCAUGAGGCCUCUUGAGUACUGAGAAUGGAUGUGUGUUGCUCUGUUACGUUUUUACAAUUAAUACUUCCAAAUGCAUUUUAAUUAGAAGAGCAUAAACGCACAAAGUCCAUUUUUCAAAGUCACUAAAGAAUAUUUACAUUUACAUAAAUGGCACAGCAAUCUUUAGCGUCCCACACCUUUACAUCUUGCUGCCUCUCAGCCUUUUCAACUUUGGUCUCUUCUAUUCUGCUGCCAAGGUCUAUUUAGUGGGACUUCAUUUGGGCGUUGGGUGACCACCAAACACAGCAAUCUAAAAAUCAGCACUGCUUCCUCCACCCUUAUGACAAAGAUGAGAGGAGAAGCCCAGCUGGAGGAGGAGCUGCUGUCCUCCCCCAUCUCCUUAGUGUUUGAUGCUGAAGUUGCCCUGUGAUCUCCAGAGUUCAGGCUGCUCCUCUCUGGCCAGGUGGCCUUUCAGCUCCAGUUGGGGUUCCUGUAGUGCAGGCCUCCCAAAUCUGGGACUUCUUCAGCCACAUACUUGUCGCUGAACACAUUUGACUACCUAAUUUUUUUUUGCUCUCUGCCAGUCCAAAGACAAAAAACAAAACAACCCUCCACCCCCCCCCUUUCUUAAUUUUCAAAAAGGGAGACUCUGGCAAGCCCCACACCAGCCACAGAGGAUUCACACUUGAUCUGAAAGUACUGAUGAUGCAGUGGGACUUGGGAGAAACUGCAUGCACAAACAGGUAGAUAAAGCACUGAGAGGCUCAUUUUCCCUUCCAUUUCUGCAAGAGAUCCCACAUUUGCUCCCAGUGAGUUAGGAAACUAAAUUACCACUUAGCAGCUGACUCACUUAAUUAUUAUCCAAGAUUAGACAUCUUAAUAGGAAUUAGAAUACUGUGGGCUGGCUAUGAUCCUGCUAGAGUGUGUGCUGCAUCAAGAGGAGUGAAGAUAAAUAAUGUAUCUUCCUGCCUAAAAUAGCAAGCUUACAGCUAAUUAAUCCAUUCAUGCUAGGAUCUGUCCCAGGAUUCAGGCCACAAGUAGGAAAAAAUUAAAUUGUCAGAAGUUCUACAUACACCUCUACCCUGAUAUAAAGCGACCCGACAGAACCCGAAUUUGGAUAUAACGCGGUAAAGCAGCGCUCCGGCGGAUCAAAGCAAGUUCAAUAUAACGUGGUAAGAUUUUUUGGCUCCCGAGGACAGCAUUAUAUUGGGGCAGAGGUGUACUUCUGCAACAGAAGUGGAUAUUCAACUGAACCAGGGAAUUUUAUCACAUCCAAAACUUCGACAGCAAAAGUUAAGAAACACUGUUCCUCCCCACGUGGUUACCAUACUGGGAUACCAUCAGACUUCACUCACCAUACAAUCUUACUAUAAUUAAAAGCAAAAAUGUUUUAGUACAUUAUUCCAAAACAGUCAAAAAGGCAAGAUGGCAAUGUUUAUUAAAGCAUUUAACUAAUCUUAUAUGCUGAAUUCUAAUGUGGGUAAUUGUACAACACCCUGAGAUGAGUAUAAGAGUUGAUAAAUAUAAAUGGUUGGAAUAAAUAAAAUUCUUAAUGACAGAGAUUUAACUAAGACAGAUAUAUCCUAAAAGAAACUGCAGCAGUUUUGCUCUGUGUUUUACACUGACCAUUAAUAAUUUAGAAUAUUUUUCACCUUGUACCUGUACAGAUAGUCAAAUAUUGGCACUUACAGCAUCUUAUCAGAGAUCCAUAAAACUCUACAAAUGUGAGCAAACUAUUAAUUUUACAAAUGGGAAAAUAGACACAGGCCAAGGGAUCUCAGCAAGGUUGUGGCAGAGCCUCAGCCAGUGACUUCACUGAAAGUAUGACAAUUUAAACCAUUUAAAGAUUUCCCUUUCUAACUUUCAACUCACCUGGUCUGGGAACUGGACAGUGUUGCCUCUCUUAUAACAGAGAUCUAAUACGCCUCCUGCUGGUGGUGACUGGAAUACUGGUGGGACAUUCAACAUCAGCAGUAUAAGAAACCAGUUACUAAUCUCUUCUUCUUUAGCCUCAAGAAAAUGGCAGAAUUUUUGUACAAAUUUUUUUUUAAUAAAAAUCUAUUUGCAAUUUCAACCGAC